UGUCAGGCAGUGUGCAACUUCCCUUUCAUCAAAAAUUAUGUCUAUAACUGUCAAGCGAGGCUGCACGUCACAGACACAAACCCUGCUGAAGCGUAUGGGUCUCACAUUCACCACUCCCUGAAGAAGACAAGCGAGACGCUCGUUGCAGUUUAUAGUGAUGGAACCAACAACAAUCAGAGAAGGAUACUUGGUGAAAAAGGGUACUGUGCUGAACACGUGGAAAGUGGUGUGGGUGGUGUUAGCAGAUGAUGCCAUCGAGUUUUACAAGAAGAAGACGGACAACAGUCCGAAGGGAAUGAUCCCUCUGAAGGGGGCGACUCUGACCAGCCCAUGCCAGGAUUUCACUAAAAGAACGCUAGUGUUUAAGGUCAGUGCAGCUAAGAAACAGGACCAUUUCUUCCAAGCGACACACCUGGAGGAAAGGGAGCUUUGGGUUAAAGAUGUCAAGAGAGCGAUCACUUGUUUACAGGGCGGCAAGAAGUUUGCCAGGAAGUCAACGCGGAGAUCCAUUCGGUUACCGGAAAAUGUUAACCUGAGUGAACUGUAUGUUCUAAUGAAAGAUCAAGACACAGGUGUUAAAGAGCUGAAGCUAGAGAAGGACAAAAGGCUGUUUAAUCACUGUUUCACAGGAAACACAGUGAUCGACUGGUUGAUCGCUGAGGGGAAGGCCAGAAACAGACCUGAAGGACUGAUGCUGGCCAGCGGACUGCUCAAUGAGGGAUUCCUGCAGCCCGCUGGAGACGUGUCCAAAGAUGGGGCAGAGAAAGGAGCAGAGUGUGUUUUCUUGGACCAAAUUGAGGCUCUUUAUUAUUUUGCAGAUAGUGGUUUCUUUUGUGAGGGUUACUCCAGUGAUGAAGAUGUGAUCAUGAAAGAGGAGUUCAGAGGUGCGAUAGUCAAACAGGGCUGUUUGCUGAAACAGGGUCACCGGCGAAAGAACUGGAAAGUAAGAAAGUUUAUCCUUAGAGAUGAUCCUGCUUAUAUUCACUACUAUGAUCCCACCAAGGGUGAGAAUGAUCCGCUCGGCUCCAUUCACCUGCGUGGCUCAGUCGUGACUGCGGUGGAAUAUGUGCCUGAUGCCAAGAAACUGGAGGCUGAUGGGAAUUUCUUUGAGAUCAUCACUUCGGAUGAGACGCACUACUACCUGCAGGCAGCUACAUCUGAUGAGCGCAAGGAUUGGAUCAAAGCCAUACAAAGUGUUGCAAAGUCAGGAAAAUAACAGUAUUAGAUCCAUCCUGUGGUCUGAAAAACUACAAACUCGCUCAUUAAAGACAGAGUUGGGAUCUGUUGGAAAGAAAGAAAGGUCUCCUCUUCAGCAUUUUCUAAAAAUAAAAACUCUAAUUUGUUUCUUCACCUUCCGUAUUUGGCAAAAACAAUAGGCUUUCUAACGGUCAUGUGACACAUUUUGUCACAUAAAAAAAAAAGAAGUUAGAGACAGGAUGUGGGCAAAUGUGUUGUUUCACCAGAGACUGAUACUGAAUGCCAUUUAUCUGUCCAUCCAGAACUGUCAACGCAAUGGAAAGCAUGUUUGGGGAAUCUUCAAUGGCCAGCAUUUUCCUGUCUAUAUUUAAACUAGUAGCACUUCCUGUUUUUAUCUUGAGUUGUUCCAGAUAUAGAGAUGUAACAGUCUGGUAGUGUAACAAAAACUGUCUAAAAUCAUCACAGCCCUACUGCUAUACAUAUAUGAACUUACAAUCUUCUAUAACUAAUAACUAUAUAACUUAACAACUAUCUUUCAGUUACAUGCAUUUACAAUGUAAGUACUUGGAGCAACACAAUAAAAGUGAAAAGAAAAAACACUGUUUGAAAUAUAUGCUAUGUUAAAUGCAAAUAAAAAUUAGAAGAUAAUUGCAA